CAGCGCGGGCCGAGCAGGCAGGCCAGCCAGUCCGCCUGCCACUCAACCUCUCUCCUCUUCUGUGCCUUUGCAGAAAUGCCGCCCACGGAUUCUCCCUGAUCCAGGUGGAGAGCCUGAAGGUCACCAUGAAGGAUAUUUUGCAAAAGGCGCUGAAGCGAAGGAAAGGGUCGCAGCGUGGUGCAGGACCUCGAUACCGCCUGGAGAAACAGAGCGAGCCCAACGUUCCCAUUGACUUAGACUGUACGCUGGAGAGUCAGAGCACGCUGGAAUUUUGCCUGGUCCGCGAGAACAGCUCGAGAGGGGAGGAGACCUCGGAAGAAGACCCCCAGAUCGACAUUGCGACCGUCCAAGACAUGCUAAGCAGCCAUCACUACAAGUCUUUCAAAGUCAGCAUGAUCCACAGGCUCCGGUUCACCACGGACGUUCAGUUAGGUAUUUCCGGCGACAAGGUGGAGGUCGAUCCUGUGACCAACCAGAAAGCCAGCACAAAGUUCUGGAUUAAGCAGAAGCCGAUCUCCAUCGACUCGGAGCUCCUUUGCACUUGCGAUCUGGCUGAGGAGAAGAGCCCAAGUCAUGCAAUAUUUAAGCUCACCUAUCUCAGCAACCACGAUUACAAGCAUCUCUACUUUGAAUCCGACGCUGCCACUGUCAACGAGAUCGUGCUGAAGAUGAACUACAUCCUUGAAUCCCGUGCCAGCACAGCCCGGGCGGAUUACCUGGCCCAGAAGCAAAAGAAACUGAGUCGCAGAACCAGCUUCAGCUUCCAAAAGGAGAAGAGAACCGGGCAGCAAUAAAGGCCGGGCUGGC